AUGAUCUCCAAUGGGGGGUGCUGAAGUUCUACUGAAAGAACAUGCAAACACACAGAGGGAGAUGAGAGAGAGAGAGUGAGAUUUGGAGGAGAUGCCUCUCUGAUCAAUUGAUGCCCCCACCAUAUUCCCCCUUGUGUUCCCCCUCUUCCACCGAUAUAGCUCCGGAUCCCCUCUCCCCCCGCUUCCAUCGCCGCUCCUCUUUCUUUCCCUCUUAUUCUCCGAGGCGGUUGUAGGAGCCCGCGCCGCCAUCACUAGACACCCCCUCUGCUCCAAUCCCAGAUCCCCCCUGCCUCCGACAUCCAUAAACCAUAGAUUUCGAUUGGAAGCUAGAGUAGGGAAGCGAUGAAGAGAGAGCAUCAGGAGAGCGGGGGUGGAGUUGGGGGGUAUCCGGCGGCGGAGAUGAUGUUGAGCGGGAAGGGCAAGAUGACGGGGAUGGAGGAGGAGCACGACGGUGGAGUAGACGAGCUCUUGGCCGCGCUCGGGUACAAGGUCCGGUCCUCGGAUAUGGCAGAUGUCGCCCUGAAGCUCGAGCAGCUCGAGAUGGCCAUGGGCAGCAGCGCCGCCCAGGACGACGCGUUCCUCUCCCACCUCGCCUCCGACACCGUCCACUAUAACCCCUCCGACCUCUCCACCUGGCUUGAGAGCAUGCUCUCCGAGCUCAACGCCCCGCCUCCUCCCCUCCCCUCCGCCCCGAUUCCCAAGCACCAGAGUAACCAACUCGAUCUGCCGCCGCCGCCGCCUGUCCCCGCCGCUGCCGCUCCGGCUUCGAUUCUAGAUCCGGCUGAGUGCUCUACUGUGACCACCGUCGACUUGCCAACCCCACGGCGCCAGUCGGAGUACGAUCUCAAGCCCAUCCCCUCCGCCGCCACCGCCGCCCCCGGCCGCGUCGUGUACGGACCGGAGGCUACGGUGGAGCUAAACGCCCGGGAUCGGAAGCGGAUGAGGACCUCCUCCUCUUCCUCGUCUUCGUCCCGAGGAGGGAUUGGAGUUGGAGUAGUAAGAGGGAUGGGAUCGUCGAUGCCUUCCGCGACGGAGGCGUCGUCGAUGGCUGCGGGGCCGGCAGCAGGGGCGCUGCCGGUGGUGGUUGUAGACUCGCAGGAAGCCGGGAUCCGGCUGGUCCACACGCUGAUGGCCUGCGCGGAGGCGGUGCAGCAGGAGAACCUCAAGGCGGCGGACGCGCUGGUGAAGCAGAUCUCGGUGCUCGCCACCUCCCAGGGCGGCGCGAUGCGCAAGGUGGCCGGCUACUUCGCCGAGGCUUUGGCCCGCCGGAUCUACCGCGUUCACCCCCAGCAGGACUGCGCCCUUGACUCCGCCUUCUCCGAUAUUCUCCAGAUGCACUUCUACGAGAGCUGCCCCUACCUCAAGUUUGCCCACUUCACCGCCAACCAGGCCAUCCUCGAGGCCUUCGCCGGCUGCCGCCGCGUCCACGUUAUCGACUUCGGGAUGAGGCAGGGGAUGCAGUGGCCGGCGCUGAUGCAAGCCCUAGCCCUCCGCCCGGGCGGUCCGCCGUCGUUCCGGCUCACGGGCAUCGGCCCUCCCCAACCCGACAACACCGACGCCCUCCAGCAGGUUGGAUGGAAGCUCGCCCAGUUCGCCGACACCAUCCACGUCGACUUCCAGUACCGCGGCUACGUCGCCAACAGCCUAGCCGACCUCGAACCCUGCAUGCUGGGGGCCGAUGCCGCUGGCGGCUGCAGCAGCGGUGGAGACGAGGAGCCGGAGGCGGUGGCUGUGAACUCGGUUCUGGAGCUCCACCGUCUUCUGGCCCGGCCGGGCGCUCUGGAGAAAGUUUUGGGCACGGUCAGGGCGGUCCGGCCCAGGAUCGUGACGGCGGUCGAGCAGGAGGCGAACCACAACGCCGGAUCGUUCCUGGAGCGGUUCACGGAGGCCCUGCACUAUUACUCGACCAUGUUCGACUCGCUGGAGGGCGGGUGCACCGCCACAGGGGCGGCGGCGGCGGCUGAGGUGGCCACUGGCGGGGGGCAGCAGGACCGGGUGAUGUCGGAGGUCUACCUCGGGCGGCAGAUCUGUAACGUGGUAGCGUGCGAGGGGGCGGAGCGGACGGAGCGGCACGAGACACUGGGCCAGUGGCGUGGCCGGAUGACCCGGGCCGGCUUCGAGCCGGUCCACCUUGGGUCCAAUGCGUUCAAACAAGCCAGCAUGCUCUUGGCCCUCUUCGCUGGCGGCGAUGGCUAUCGCGUCGAGGAGAAGGACGGAUGCUUGACCCUCGGGUGGCACACGCGCCCCCUCAUCGCCACCUCCGCCUGGCGCGUCGCCGCUGCCGGCGACGCCCUCUCCGCCGCCCGCUGACCGACCCACCGUCUCGAUCGGAACGCAGCAAGUGCAGUCGUCUGAUGAUGCCCCUUCCCUCUCUCUCUCUCUCUCUCUCUCUCUCUCUCUCUUCCGCUGCUGACCCCAGGUGGGUCCACCGGUUCAGGGUGAUUGAUGGUGCUGCGGAGCGCUGAAUCACUGGAUCAACCCCGGCUCGGGGCUCGCCCUGGACCCCAUCUCUCGCCUUUCUUUCUCUCCUUUUCUUUUCUUUUUUUUUUUGUUAAGUUAAUUUUGGUUUUUGUCAGCCUCUUUGGAAUAUUAUCCUGUGUAAUCUAUCUACCAUCCACCUUAUUUUCUAAAUAAAAAAAGAGGUGUUUUUUACUUUAAAAA